UUUGUACUUUUUGGAUGGUCUUUGCUUUUUCACAGAGAGAAUUAUUCCAGUGGGGGGUUUGCUGUAUUAUUUUCAUCCGUCCUGAUGUGUUCAACAUGCUUUUAAAAGAUUUUUGAUUUUUAAUAUAGAUAAGCUUUUAAUAUAGAUAUGCUUAAUGCCGAGAGCCAAACAUAGAUCAUAAUGGACUUGUCUUUGAGGAACUAUUCAUUUACCAUUAAAUUUCAGUUGUCAGUGUGCCAGGGGCAUUAACAAUGGAAUGAACAGUAAUAAAAGUGUCAUUUUUCCAUGCUGGAGUUUUAUUGGGCUUGCAAACCAGGCUAGUGUAAGUUAUAGCCCUUGAGGUGGUAAAACACAUCAUCUCUGGUUGAAUUAAACUGUUUCUAGUAGUUAAAAAUGAUUUUACAGGGAAAUAAUCCAUCUUCCAAAGUGAGAGAGCUGGAGAAGAAAUCUUUCAUCCCAGACUCCAAGAGGUUGACCCUCUCCAGCAAGAGAGAGGGAGCACCUUGGAAUUACCUGGUGUAAUGAUAAUUAUUAGAGAGCCCUCAGAGAUUAUUUUAAAUCACUUUUAGUGACUUCUCAGAGCUGACCUAGCCUUAGGAGCUGUUUCUACCCACUUCUUGCUCAGUGAGUGAUAAUUUCCCAGUAGAUGGGACCCCGUGUGUUGCCUCUGGAGUCUCCAGCCUCAUGAAUCCCAUAACCAAGCCUGCCACCAGCACUCCUUUCAAUGCUCCUGUGCCUGAGAUUCCCAGGAAGCGCAAAGGGAGUGAUUCCGAUAACCAGGAUACAGCUGAAGUUGAUGGUGAUCCUCAGAAAAGGAGUGAAGAUGAAGAACAUGUUAAAGUGAAAGAUUUCAGUUACAGAGAUAAGGCUAGGAAGCAGAAAUGUCUCCCAGGAAUUCCUAAGGACAUCCAGAGUUUUCCUCUGUAUAGUAGGGUGUCCAGAGAGGCUCACAGUCAAACAGAGAAACGAAGGAGAGAUAAAAUGAAUAAUUUGAUAGAGGAAUUGUCUGCUAUGAUCCCUCAGUGCAACCCCAUGGCCAGAAAGCUGGACAAGCUCACAGUGUUAAGGAUGGCUGUGCAGCACUUAAAGUCUUUAAAAGGUUCCAGCAGCUCCUAUUCAGAAGUCAGAUAUAAACCUUCAUUUUUAAAGGAUGAUGAACUCAGACAGUUAAUCCUGAGGGCUGCAGAUGGAUUCCUGUUUGUGGUUGGAUGCAACAGAGGAAAAAUCCUGUUUGUCUCUGAAUCAGUUUGCAAAAUACUGAAUUAUGAUCAGGCCAGUUUAAUUGGACAAAGCCUGUUUGAUUAUUUGCAUCCAAAAGAUGUUGCAAAAGUCAAGGAGCAACUUUCUUCCUCAGAUGUCUCCCCUCGGGAGAAGCUCGUGGAUGGCAAAACUGGCUUGCAAGUCCACACAGAUUUCCAAGCUGGACCGGCUCGGCUGAAUUCCGGGGCUCGCCGUUCCUUCUUCUGUCGGAUAAAGUGUAGUAGGACCACAGUGAAGGAAGAGAAGGAGUGUUUGCCCAACCCAAAGAAGAAAGAUCACAGGAAAUACUGCACCAUUCACUGUACUGGGUACUUGAAGAACUGGCCUCCUAAUGAGGUGGGAGUAGAAGAAGAAAAUGAUGCAGAAAAGGACAGUAGUAACUUUAACUGCCUUGUUGCAAUUGGGAGGUUACACCCUUAUAUUGUUCCCCAAAAGAGUGGAGAGAUAAAAGUCAAAGCAACAGAAUUUGUUACACGGUUUGCCAUGGAUGGGAAGUUUGUUUAUGUAGAUCAGCGUGCAACAGCAAUUUUAGGUUACCUGCCCCAAGAGCUUCUAGGAACUUCUUGUUACGAGUACUGCCACCAGGAUGAUCACAACCAUCUAGCUGAAAAACAUAAAGAAGUGCUGCAGAAUAAAGAGAAAGUCUUUACAAAUUGCUACAAAUUUAGAGCAAAAGAUGGGACUUUUGUUACUUUAAAGAGUCAGUGGUUUAGUUUCAUGAAUCCAUGGACCAAAGAACUGGAGUACAUUGUGUCAAACAACACUGUGGUAUUAGGUCAUAAGGAGUCAGCUGAAGAAGAGGUUUUCUACAGUUCCCAGCCUGCAGAAGAUGCUGUAAAACAGUCUUUAGUAAGUGUACCUGGAAUGUCCUCUGGAACAGUCCUUGGUGCUGGAAGUAUAGGAACCGAAAUUGCAAAUGAAAUAUUAGAGUUGCAAAGGUUGCAUUCUUCACCAUCAGGGGAGUUAAGUCCAUCACAUCUCCUGAGAAAGUCCCCUUCUCCAACUUUACCUGUGAACUGCAGCAAUGUGCCAAAUAAAGAGUUGAUCCAGUUAUGUCCUUCAGAAACAGAAGUUCUGGAGAAUUCCGAACAAACCCGGGGUGCUAUUCCAUUUCCCAACAAUGAGCCUCUACUCAGUGGUAAUUCCCAGCUGGACUUUGAUGCAAUAUGUGAAAAUGAUGACACUGCCAUGACAGCUCUCAUGAAUUACCUGGAGGCUGAUGGAGGCCUUGGGGACCCAGCUGACCUCAGUGACAUCCAAUGGGCUCUCUAGUGUUGCUUUUUUGGGAUAGGAAGGAAUGUAAAACCCAUAAUGCACAACAACCACACAUCCUCAGUACUGUAUUAUAGUUUUUUUAAUGUCUCAGUUGGAUUCAAACUUACUGUCUAUAUAUAUUUUUAAAGACUGAAGCCUUGUUCAGAGAGACACAACUUCUGCUGCACCUCUGGAAAAAUGCAAUAUUUUUUUUUCAUGAUGAGGAAACCUUGAAAUUUUAAUAUUGAACCAUCUGUAACUGGAAUGCUUAGAACACAUUAGUAUAUUUUUACUAAGAAGCUUUAACCAAAAGGUACUGUACAAUGUACAGGAAUACUUAUUUCUUAGUUUUAAUACUUAAACUUUUAUUUAUUGGUUUUGUUUCAAGCAGUAGAAUAUUGGUUAUCCAUGUUACCUUCUGUAGAACCUACUGUACUUGUAUGGUUUGAGGAUAUUUGUAACUAUUAAAUUUCGUGGAAAUGAUGAUUUGCACACACUAGAGUUGUAAAAUAAGGUUUUGUGAUUCUCAAAUGAUGCAGUUCGUGAUUCCUUGCGCUUCUCAGCAGUGCAAUUUUUGCAGUCAAAAGUGAAAAUAAAGAAUACAGAUCUGGGAACAAAGGUUGGAAUUGGAUCCCCAGAAGAAACAGAAGAGAAUGGUUUGAGAAAAACAGUCAUUUUCCCAGUAACCAACAUGACAAGGGUAUGAGAAAAGAGCACCAAACUUUUUAAUUACUAUUUUGUAUUAUUUUUAAUGUAUUAUUAGUGCAGAGAACCUGAGACAAACAAUGCCAUAAAGCUGUAAUAAAGCACUUUACUCUUCUACCAGGUUAUUUUCUAACUAGAAAAGUCUGAACAGACUGUCUUGGUUCCAGAGUGAGACUUGCACUGUCUGUUAGUGAAAAAAUGUUAAAUUCUAAAGCCUCUUUUAUAGUCUCUAUGUUUUUGGAGAUAAGGAGAACUUUCUAUUGCUUGAGUCUGUGACUUUUUCAAACCUCUCUGUAAUAUGGCCCUGUCUGUAAGUAAAUGCUAUGCAGGAUGGUCCUUUGGGGGGCAGCUUUUGCAAGGAUUGGAUCCCAGUUACAGCAAAUGACUCAAGAACAUAGCACUUUAUAGCUUUUAUUAGAACAAUAUAGCAUUAAUAUAUAAUGUGGAUCUUUUUAUCUCUGGGUUAGACAAAUUUUUGCAUAGUUUUUUCCCAUUUUCUUGGUUGUUUUUGUUUUAAUUCAGGUAAUGAAAGGAAAGCAUUUGGAGAUAUUUGAGAUGUGCAUCUUUUAAUAGAGACAUUUAAACACAGGUACUACCACGAGCUCUAUGGCAUUUAACACCCCAGGGCAGUCUGUUCCAGGGAUUUUUGGGAAGGCUAGAGUGUGGGAGCACAUGGAUGUGGUAAACACUAGAUGUCCCCCUUGUCCUGCUGGUAACCACCACUUGAACUGGCUCCCUGUUGCUUGACAGAGGAGCUUUAUAUCUUAUAGCUAUAACUUUUUUGGCACACGAGGAAUUUUUUCGGUGAUGUCCAGAUUUGUUGGGUUGAUUUUUCUUUUUUUUUUUUUUUAAAGUCUAUAUUCCUGCUUUCGUCCUUUUCUUUUUUUUUCUUUUUUUCCCCCCACAGACCUGGGGCCAAAAUGAUCAGUUCUCUGGCUUUAUUCAAAUGAACUUUUCUGGGUUUUCACACAAAAUGAAUUUUGGGCAAAGUGAGAAAAAUAAACAGGUACUUUCUAAGAACUGAUAGAAAUCUAUUUGCAUAAAGGAAAUUUGAGAAUUACAGGUUUUGCCAUUGUAAAAUGCAUUUUCUUUUUUCUACACUAGAAAUAAAUUCUAAAUAAAGCAAGAAAUACAGUAGUUAAUAGAGAAGUGACUAUAUAAAUAACUUAAAAUUAUACAGACUUUAAAUAGUUUUUUUUCAACUAGAUUAGUUUGAAAAUGGGGCAGCUGUUGUUACUGAAGGAGCAUAUUAGUUAUUUCCCAAGAUUUAUAUAAGUGUCUUUAGUCAAACCAUUAUUUUGGGAUUCCUGGCUUUCCCUAAAAAAAUAAAAACAAAACUGUAACUUUCUUUUGCAGUCAACGAUCAAUAUUUUGGCUCUUGAUUCAUUUCCUAGAUUCUCCCUUUACUAUUUGUGAAUUUUUCUGGCUUACAGAAAUCUUUACAAGAAAAGGUAUCACUUUGUAAAUAUUUUUGGUGAACUGAAUAGAUAUUUUUGAAUACAGCUGAGAUAGUUUGUGCUUAUUUCUGUUUGUAUAAUAACACAAUUCUGGUAAGUCAUGGACAGGAUGUGUGUUCUUUGAUGCAGGUAAUCAGAGGAUGUGGUUAAAUCAGGUCAAUAAAUGUUAUUUUGAUGCA